GGGGCGAUGUGACUCCCUGCCUGGACCCCUGGACUCACACGGCACCCAGAGCCCUCAGCCUCGGAGCAUGGCGAGUGCGGAGCAUCCUGGGAACCCCGGCUGGACGGGACCCACAACCCAGGACACCGCAAGGACCGAGCAGGAAGCGCCAGCGACUGGCCCAGACCUCCCACGUCCAGGACCUGAAGGACACUUAGAUGCCCACGGCGGCCCGAGCUCCAACUGCAGCAUGACCACGCGGGAGCUGCAAGACUACUGGCGGAACGAGAAACGCCGCUGGAAGCACGUCAAACUGCUCUUUGAGAUCGCUUCGGCCCGCAUCGAGGAGAGAAAAGUCUCCAAGUUCGUGAUGUACCAAAUCGUCGUCAUCCAGACAGGCAGCUUCGACAGCAACAAGGCUGUCCUGGAACGACGCUAUUCGGACUUCGAGAAGCUCCAGAAAGCCCUCCUCAAGACCUUCAGCGAAGAGAUCGAAGACGUGGUCUUCCCCAAGAAGCACCUGCUGGGGAACUUCACGGAGGAGAUGAUCUGCGAGCGCAAGCUGGCGCUCAGGGAGUACCUGGGCCUGCUCUACGCCAUCCGCUGCGUGCGCCGCUCGCGCGAGUUCGUGGACUUCCUCACGCGGCCUGAGCUGAGCGAGGCCUUCGGCUGCCUGCGGGCCGGCCAGUACACCAGGGCCCUGGACAUCCUGGUGCGCGUGGUGCCCCUGCAGGAGAAGCUGACGGCCCACUGCCCCGUGGCGGUGGUCCCGGCCCUCUGCGCCAUGCUGGUGUGCCACCGCGACCUGGAGCGCCCAGCCGAGGCCUUCUCGGCGGGCGAGAGGGCCCUGCAGCGCCUGCAGGCCCGGGAGGGCCACCGCUACUACGUGCCGCUGCUGGACGCCAUGGUCAGCCUGGCCUACGUGCUGGGCAGGGACUUCGUGUCUCUGCAGAGGAAGCUGGAGGAGACCCAGCUCCGGAGGCCCACCCACCGCGGCGUCACCCUGAAGGAACUUGCCGUCCGAGAGUAUCUGUGAGGCACCAGUGUGGUCCUCUCCAGGGAAGCUGCAGAUUUGGGGUCACCCUUGCUCAGGGGGUUGUUUGGGGUUCAUUUUUAAUGGGAAGAGGCUCUGGGGACUCUAUGUUGCUGGGUGACUUUGGACAGCCCCCUCAUCUGGCCCGUUAUUUCCCCAUCUGUAUGGAACAGAGGUGCUCCUGGGACUCCUUGGAAGCCUCCGCCGUGUCCUUGUCCCCCUUGAUACCAGGGCCACUUCAUCACAAAGCCACAGACCCAGCUGCCAGAACACUGGAGAGGAAUACCGACCUCACCAGUGUUUCUGUGAGAAGCUGGAGGAGAGGUUUGCGUUGCACGAUAUACACGAAGCUUAACCCGUUCCUUGUAGACAGCUCUCUCCAGCUGUCCUGAGUCUCCUCCCUGUUCCUCCUGUCUCAGUGUUGUUGACAAGUAUUUCCACGCAUUAUCCUAGUAUCAUCCCAAUAUUCUAGCUCUUCCUCUUUAGCAUGUAGACCCAACGCAGCAAAACAAAAGCUCGUCUAUUGCCCCUCAAGAACAGCCUCUCCCCGGCACACAGUCACCCGCAAUAGGAGUUGUGUGUCAUCCUUUGCAGGGUAGGAGGACCCUGGGCUAGGAAGCAACAACGCCAUAAGAUUUUAUGACGCAGGCGUUUUCAGCGAGGGAAGUUACCGACUAUUUCUCUGGCUAGGAUGACAUCACACACUGCCGGGCGGGAGGGAGGAUUUUCAUUACAUAAGGUGGCAUGGCUUCCUGGGGUCACGUAGACACAGCCCUGGAGGGAGGCAAAGCAGGAUACUCAAUGGGUCCUGUGGGCAGAGAAGAGACUGAAUCCUCAGCACCUCCUCUUUUGAGGGUCAGGGUUCUUAGAACCUCUCUGAUGGAUUAGGGUGCCCUUGACGGGGCUCUGCUGUCAGGAAAGGACACCAUGGACCCAGAGUGGAGGGGGGUCUGGACCAGUGACCGAGAUUCAACACAGGGCUUGGAGCUGAUGGCACAAGCUGGUUUGGCCCAGUGUGUCUGAAGCUCUAAGCCCGUGAAGACUCAGGCAUCAGGGUGAGCUUAUUAGUGUGAACUAAGCGGACUGUGACUUGGGAACCACAAUGUGGGGCACCCUAAGGGGCGGAAUCCAGCCCAGCAAGGGAUCACCGCAGCCCUGAACAAGCAGGCGCCAGGCUGCCCCAGAAUGUGUUCCACAGUGACCCCUUGUGGUCACAACCAUAGCAGCCCCACCAGGCUCCGUCCUGGAGGCUAGAGACAGACUGUCUUCCGACAAAGUUACCCCUCAAGUCUCUCAGCUCACUCCAAGGGAAAGAUGCUUCAAGUAGAGAUACUGGAUUUAUUGAAAAGCUGGAU